CCCCCGCCGCCUCCCAUCCCUCCAACCGCUCGUGCCCAUCCUACUUCCGCUUCAUCCACGAGGACCUCCGCCCAUGGCGCGCCGCGGGCGGGGUCACGCGCGCCAUGCUCCGCCGCGCCCGCCUCACCGCCACGUUCCGCCUCGUUGUGCUCGGGGGCCGGGCCUACGUCCAGCGGUUCCGCCCGGCGUUUCAGACGCGGGACCUCUUCACCGUCUGGGGCGUCCUCCAGCUGCUCCGCCGCUACCCCGGCCGCGUCCCCGACCUCGAACUCAUGUUCGACACCGUCGACUGGCCCGUCGUCCACACCCACCUCUACCGCGGGAAGUACGCCGAGGUCAUGCCGCCGCUGUUCCGUUACUGCGGGGAUGACAGGACGCUGGACAUCGUCUUCCCGGAUUGGUCGUUCUGGGGGUGGCCGGAGAUCAACAUAAAGCCAUGGGAUGCCCUGCAGGAAGACUUAAAGGAUGGUAAUAAUAGAGUGAAAUGGAUGGAUAGGGAACCUUAUGCUUACUGGAAAGGGAAUCCAUCAGUUUCGGCGACACGGCAGGAAUUGGUUAAGUGUAAUGUCUCUAGUACAAAAGAUUGGAACGCAAGGAUUUAUGCUCAGGACUGGUUCAAAGAGAGCAAGGCAGGGUAUAAGGACUCAGAUUUGGGUAGUCAAUGUUCACACAGGUACAAGAUCUAUAUUGAAGGAUCAGCGUGGUCAAUCAGUCAGAAAUAUAUACUAGCUUGUGAUUCAAUGGCACUGCUAGUUACACCAAAAUACUAUGAUUUCUUUUCAAGGUCACUCAUGCCAAUUCAGCAUUAUUGGCCUGUUCGGGAUGACAAUAAAUGUGCCUCCAUAAAAUAUGCUGUUGACUGGGGCAAUUCUCACAAGCAACUGGCACAGCGAAUAGGAAAGCAAGCAAGCAAUUUCAUUCAAGAAGAGCUCAGUAUGGACCACGUUUAUGAUUACAUGCUUCACCUUCUAACUGAAUAUGCCAAGCUUUUAAAGUUCAAACCAACUAAGCCACCUGAAGCUGUUGAGGUCUGCUCUGAGUCUUUGGCAUGCCAAGCUGACGGCCUUGAGAAGAAGUUUCUUGUGGACUCCAUGGUGAAGUCUUCUCAUGAUGCAGGUCCAUGCAAUCUGCCUCCUCCCUUCAGCUCUCAUGAACUCAAGAUGCUAAAACAGAGGAAAGAAAAUUCAGUAAAGCAGAUUGAAAUGUGGGAGCAAAAAGCUUCAGGGGCUUAGAUAACAAGCUUGGAGCCCUGGGCCCCUGGGACUUACUUUCUUCCAAGCAUAGGCAUAACUAACUUUUAACUGUUUGUAACUUACGGUCUAAUUCAGUGUCAUUGUAGUUCUAACAAAUACGAAUCAUUUGUUUACUGAAAUCAACGUGUAAGCAUCUGGAGAUAUUGAGCAAAUAACAGUUUUUCUUCAGCAGUUUUUUCUUUUUAAA